AUGUUACUUCCAACCUCCUCCCCCAACAAACCGGACCAACAACGCGCCGCCAAAGUCCUCCGCGCCCUCGAUGACCUCCAGUCCGCCUCAGGCGACGGCAGUGACGCAUACACGAUAAUCAAGCUCAGCGAGCCCAUCUUCUCCUCCUCCUCCAACAACAACCCCAACAGCAACCCCACCACCACCACCGCCGCCGCCCCCACCACCCUCGCCCGCACCUCCGACGUAUCGACCGCCUCGCUCGACGCGCCGACCCCCACCUCCCUCGAAGCCGACCUCGCCCACUACCGCGAGCUCUUCUCCAAACUGCGCUUCUCCUACGUCGAACAAGUCACCAAGGAAAAAUUUAUCCGCGCCAUCGUCGGCGACCCGCCCCAGAUCGUGUCGCCGCAGGAGAACGCCGACCUCGAGGCCGCCAACGCCGACGCCAAGGCCGCGCUCAAGGCGCUCAAGACCGAGGUCGCCGCGAUGGUGGCGGAUCUGGAGGCGCGUGGGCGCGCGCUGACGGCGCGGUACGAGGCGGUGCAGGAGGAGCUGGGGGUGUUGAGGGCGCUGCCGGCGGAGAUUGAUGGGCUGGAGGAGAGGGUCAGGGAUUUGAGGGCGCAGCAUCAGUUGUUGAGGGCUGCGGGGGGUGGGGCCCGAGAUGAGCAUGCCGUUGGGGAAGACGAGGGCGUUGGUGGAGGGGAGGAGGGGGGAAUUAAGGGAGUUGGAGAGGGAGGUGGAAGUGGUGGGGGGGCAGGUGCCGAGGAAGAGGAAGGAGCUGGAGCGGUUGAGGGGGGAGGUGGGCGUGCUGGAGAAUCGGAAGGCGAAUAG